CACCGGAUGAGAUGGUUUUGAUGAUGAUGGUGAUGGUGGUGAUGAUGGAGAGUAUUAUAAGUACCGAGAGAUUUAGAGCUCUCACGAUCGAUCAAUCCUCGAACGUACCUAAACUCUUCGACGUGGCAAGGAAUCGUGAUUGUCCCUUUUUGAGCGAACCCAAACUCUUCUUCAGCUUCUUUCAAGAGUUAGUGAAGGAAAAUGGCCCGGGUUCUUGGAAGGUUGUGAGAGAUGGACGA